AAAGAAGAGGUCUGCUGAAAGGUUGGUUACUGAAUGUUUGGUAUCUAAAAUGGCUGAUUACAAAGGGAAGGCAGUCGCUGCAGAUGCCACGUCAGGAGCUAUAUUCGAGCCUAUUGUUGAGGAUGGAAUAUUCCGAUUUGAUUGUUCUGCAAAUGAUCGAAAUGCAGCACAUCCUAGUGUCUCUUUUACUAAUAGCAAGGAUAGAGAAACACCAAUAAUGAAUCACAACACACCUUCAUAUGUCCCAAGUUUCGAAUGCCUUUUGGGGCAGCAGAUUGUCAAACUUGAGCUUCCUUCCGGGACCUCUUUCUAUGGAACUGGGGAAGUUAGUGGGCAACUUGAGCGAACAGGGAAAAGAGUUUUUACUUGGAACACGGAUGCAUGGGGCUAUGGUCCUGGAACUACAUCAUUGUAUCAGUCACAUCCUUGGGUGCUGGCUGUUCUUCCAACUGGAGAGGCAUUAGGAAUUCUUGCUGAUACAACACGGCGCUGUGAGAUUGAUCUGAGGAAAGAAUCGAUGAUACAGUUCAUUGCUCCAUCCUCUUAUCCGGUCGUUACAUUCGGUCCAUUUGCUUCACCUGAUGGUGUUUUGAUAUCUUUAUCACAUGUAAUUGGGACUGUAUUUAUGCCCCCAAAGUGGUCCUUAGGCUAUCAUCAAUGUCGUUGGAGCUAUGACUCUGAUAAGAAAGUUCAAGAGAUUACAAGAACAUUUCGAGCGAAGGGUAUUCCUUGUGACGUCAUAUGGAUGGAUAUUGAUUACAUGGAUGGCUUUCGUUGUUUCACUUUUGACAAGGAGCGCUUUCCAGAUCCGAAAUCAUUGGUAAAGGGUCUAAAUCAAAAUGGUAUCAAGGCCAUCUGGAUGCUUGACCCAGGGAUAAAACAGGAAGAUGGUUAUUUUGUCUAUGAUAGUGGUUGUAAAAGUGAUGUCUGGAUUUCAAGGGCAGAUGGAAGACCAUUUGUUGGGGACGUGUGGCCUGGGCCUUGUGUUUUUCCAGACUACACACAGGCAAAAGUUCGAUCUUGGUGGUCCAAUUUAGUCAAAGAUUUCACUUUAAAUGGUGUUGACGGAAUAUGGAAUGAUAUGAAUGAACCAGCUGUUUUUAAGACUGUCACAAAAACGAUGCCCGAGAGCAAUAUUCAUAAGGGGGAUGAUGAACUUGGAGGGUGUCAGAAUCAUUCACACUAUCACAAUGUCUAUGGCAUGCUAAUGGCAAGGUCUACUUAUGAAGGAAUGAAGCUGGGUAAUGAAAAAAAACGCCCUUUUGUUCUCACCAGAGCUGGAUUUAGUGGUAGCCAACGGUAUGCUGCAACGUGGACAGGAGAUAAUCUUUCAACUUGGGAGCACCUCCAUAUGAGCAUUUCCAUGGUUCUUCAAUUGGGACUUAGUGGUCAGCCACUAUCAGGGCCUGAUAUUGGUGGUUUUGGUGGAAAUGCAACACCCAAGCUCUUUGGACGGUGGAUGGGUAUAGGUUCUAUGUUUCCCUUUUGCCGUGGGCACUCUGAAAUGGACACGAUUGACCAUGAGCCCUGGUCGUUUGGGGAAGAGUGUGAAGAAGUAUGCCGUUUGGCAUUAAUUAGGCGCUACCGUCUUCUACCACAUAUUUACACUCUCUUCUAUAUGGCUCAUACAACAGGCACUCCAGUGGCAAGUCCUACAUUUUUUGCUGAUCUCAAGGACUCCAGCUUAAGGAAAUUGGAGAAUUCUUUUUUGUUGGGUCCACUUCUAGUCAUUGCCAGCACUGAGCCUGGUCAGGGGAUGGAUAGUUUGCAGUUCACAUUGCCCAAAGGAAUUUGGUUGAGUUUUGAUUUUGGUGAUUCACAUCCAGAUUUACCAGCUUUAUAUUUGCAAGGUGGAGCAAUUAUUCCCGUGGGUCCUCCUCAUCAGCAUCUUGGCGAAUCUGAUCAAUUAGAAGACUUGACACUCCUUGUGGCUUUAGAUGAAGAUGGGAAAGCUAAAGGUGUUCUCUAUGAAGAUGAUGGUGAUGGAUACGAGUUCAUGAAUGGUGGAUUCUUGUUGACACACUAUAUUGCUGAACUUCAAUCUUCUACUGUUACCGUUAAAGUUUUAAAAACUGAAGGAUCUUGGAAGAGGCCAAAACGUCGGCUACAUGUGCAAUUAUUGCUUGGUGGAGGGGCAAUGGUUGAUACAUGGGGCAAUGAUGGAGAGGUUCUUCAAAUUGUAAUGCCUUCAGAACAGGAAGUUGGGAAGCUGGUUUCCACUAGUGAGAAGCAAUACCGAACUCGUUUGGAAACUGCCAAGCCUAUUCCAGAUGCGGAAGUGACUUCUGCGCACAAAGGAAUAGAACUUUCGAGGAUUCCUAUUGAACUGAAAGGUGGUGAUUGGGAUAUUAAAGUCGUUCCCUGGAUUGGUGGUAGAAUUAUUUCCAUGAUGCACCGCCCUUCAGGGACACAAUGGCUUCACAGUAGAGUUGACAUUAAUGGGUAUGAAGAGUAUAGUGGUACUGAGUACCGCUCUGCUGGAUGUACUGAGGAAUACAAUGUUACAGAACGGAAUCUUGAGCAUGCUGGAGAGGAGGAAUCUAUUCUGUUAGAAGGUGAUAUUGGGGGUGGUUUGGUUCUCCAACGACAGUUACAUAUUCCAAAGAAUGAUCCCAAGGUUUUCCGAAUUGACUCUAGCAUUAUAGCAUGCAAAGUUGGUGCUGGUUCUGGUGGAUAUUCAAGGCUGGUCUGCCUGAGAGUACACCCAAUGUUCACCCUCUUGCACCCUACAGAAUCUUAUGUCUCAUUUACAGCCAUCGAUGGGUCAAAGCAUGAAAUUUGGCCUGAAUCCGAUGAGCAGUUGUUUCAAGGGGAUUUACUGCCUAAUGGUGAAUGGAUGCUCAUCGAUAAAUGCGUUGGGUUGGGGCUUGUGAAUCGCUUUGAUGCUAGCCAAGUUUACAAGUGCCUAAUCCAUUGGGGAACUGGAACUGUUAAUUUGGAGCUGUGGUCCGAGGACAGGCCGGUUUCUAAGCAAUCACCUCUUAGAAUUGCCCACGAGUAUGAGGUUGUGACACUCCCGUAGAAUAGUUAGUCAUCUUCAUCCAACUCAUUUGCAUUUACCAAUUCCAAACUAGUAAAUACAAAAUGUCUCAACUUGGAGGUACAAAGUGUCGAUUCGAGAAGUGCAUCUUGAUACUACAUUUUCAUGUGAAAUUUGGGAUUCUGAAAUUGUACAUUGUAAUAAGGGAGUUUUAACAAAACACUUCUGGUACUGUUCACUUUUAAAUAAAAAACCAUAUUUAUACA